AUGUGUACGAAGAGCAUCAUUAACAUUCUGCUGGGAAGAACCGGGCGUCAGGUUGACCAAGCCGCGGACUAUGUAUCCCCCUUGCCUCUACCCACGGAAGAGUCUCCAGCAUCAUCUUCUUCCUCCUUGAAAAGCUAUCGAAAGCUUCUAGGGGACGCCACAAUAGGACUCGGCGAGGAUUUAGAGUCUGAUUCAGAGUCCGACGAAAAUCCAGGCUUUAGAUCGACUCAGUCUACAGACUCCCUUGCCUUCGACCAAACCCAGAUCGGCGUCUCCCAAUGGCUUAGGGAGGUUGAAGCCGCUAAAGGUACUCUGAGAGCGCGUAACCCGGAUCCAGCCUCCGCUUCACCUAUCCAAGACCUUCCUGCUGGUGCGCACAACGGAAAUCAGUCCAGAUGGUCACACUCCACCGACUCCCUGGCUCAUGAGGGACUUCCCAACGACUUCUCUUUCUGGGACCUAGAGACCGGAUCAGAGACGGGUAGUCCGACAUCUACUUCGACUAGCCAGAGCCUCUCUUCCAGCAGUCCGUCGUCGACGCAAGAAGAAGCUGCUGGAGACCUCGAUGGUGAGGAUGCAAGAGAGCCCCCUCAAGUUGACCCAGUCACUUUCGCCCUGCUGUGGAGCAGGGACGAUUCGAUUCUUGCUAGGCUGCGCGGCGAGGAGCCUCCCCAUUUCCACACGCCAACUCCUGCUAUAUUGAGCCCUAGAGCCACCUGGUAUGUUGAUGAGAUUGAAACCGCUCAAGCUAUUGAAGUGCAUGAGUUUGGCCCAGGGGAUGCCACGGUUGUCGACAGUGGUGCAACCUUAGAGGCUGUUGAGGUUCCGCUUAGGAUCAACCCCAAGCGUCAGGGUCGAGUCUUUGAAGGUGAUUUUUGA